AUGACAUUACUGGAAGCUGAGUCUCCAACAUGUGACAAUGGAAGUCAUGAGGCAAAAGAGAGUGACUGGUCCGGACAACAGCCAAACUUAUUACUUAAUAUAGAUAGUCAAUCUUCUUCACAACUUUGUGUUGGAACUGACUCCAGUGUGACUGAUACCACAAAGCGAGAGGGCACGAACUCUUCCAUGGAUGAACUUGGGUCGAGGAUUCCUGUGGCAACAAUGGCAACUGGAGGUGGUCAAACAACCACUGGCAAGAGAUCGGCCAAUGAUGCUGUUGAGGAUCGACCAGUAAUGGAACAAGACAAUGAGGGUCAACACCCAGAACAAGGCGGAUCUGGAAAGAAUGAUGGCAACCAUAAUGGCGGAGGCAAUGAUGAACAAGGAAAUGGUUCAGAGGGUGGCCAGUCAGCACCUGCUGGCACCUCAGCUGUGCAGUCCUUCCCUGGAAAAGGAGCAUGCAUCACGGGAAUUCAAAAUAUGACCGAUCCAAUUAAGUAUGGACCACUCAGAGAACUUCUCAAACUCUGCAGUGAUGGAAAUUGUCUUUUCUUCUACACUCAUGACAAGCGAGGCGACACUACUGGCAAACCUUUACCUUACUCACAGAUUGAGCAGAUGGAUGAUACAGCCCUCGGACAGGCAUUCAAUGUGUGCAAGCCAAAAUGGGGGCAAGAGUCCAAGCACAAGUGCAGAUUUGGGGCAUCAUUCUACUUCUACAGUCAGAAACACCUCAAUGUGAGAGCUCUCAAACAAAUUCCGGGAGUCAUUCCUUUCCUCAAACUCCACAACUGGCAAUUGAAGGCACACUCCCUUCUUCAGUCCCAGACUAUCACACCUCUAUUUAUUCAGGGCAAACACCCCCACAAAACCAACACAGAGGCAGUGGCACAGCAGCUCAUGACCUACUUCCAAACAGAGGGCAUUAAUGUACCUGUAGCGGUGCAAAUGACUCAGUUGGGAGCAGACAAAGUCCCUAUUUUGGGAAUUCAAUGUCACAUUGAGGACGAACCCAUCUUUGACAAAUGGGCGCU